GGAUUUCGAGACCGCAAUCACCUUUCCGACCGAGCGAAGCAGUUGUUGGAAGAUUACCGCUGUACAGAGAUCAUCCGGGCUGACUAAGAUGGUUAUCACGAAAGUUUCUACAGAAGAACAGUACAAGCAGCUUAUUGGCGCUGCCGGUGUAUCGUUGGUGCUUUUUUCCGCGGAAUGGGCAGAACAGUGUAAACAAAUUACCGAUGUGAUGAAUGAGCUCGCUAAACAACCCGAAUUUAAGGCGAUCCAGUUUCUCGACGUUCCUGCGGAGGACUUGUCGCAAGUAUCGCUGCAUCAUCAGAUAGACUCGGUCCCGACUGUUCUGUUUUUCCGUGCCGGUACCGCUCUCGAUCGUAUCGACGGCGUUGAUGUUGGUUCGCUGACGCAAAAAGUGAAGAAAUAUGCCUCCGCCCCAGCGUCUCCAUUAAGUUCGAGCGCCAGUUCAAACCUCGAAGAGAGGUUGAAGGCACUCAUCAAUCGCUCGAAAGUGAUGAUCUUCAUGAAAGGGGACCGCAAUACACCUCGUUGUGGCUUCUCAAAGCAACUGAUAGCGAUCGUCAAUGAUACAGGAGUCGAGUACGAUACGUUCGAUAUACUAACCGACGAGGCAGUCCGGCAAGGGUUAAAAACGUUCUCCAACUGGCCCACUUAUCCCCAGGUGUAUGUAAAUGGUGAACUUAUCGGUGGACUGGACAUCAUCAAAGAGCUGCUAGAGGGUGGCGAACUGAAGGAAACCUUGAACGCUUAGGGCGUAACACACUUCAAUAGUAGUUUUACGCCUGUUUUGUGCGGUUUUUUUUUCGUUUGGUUAAUUUAUUUUUGCGUAAAUGCAGUGUCAGACUCCGACAUUCACUACAGCAGAAUGAAGAAUGUUAUUUGGGUGUAAUUAAUGAUCCGACGAAGAUACGAACCGGCUUUCCGGGGAGAAACGAUCAGCCUUUGGUUGCCUCUGUUAUGAAUAGACGAUUGGUGACGUGGUUUUACUAUUUUUUCUGAGGUAUAAUAAACCGUUUUCCAUAAAGCGGA